AUGUCGGAAGAGCAUGCGUUUGUCCUGGUCGCAUUGGCCGUGGCCCAAGCGGCCGGUACCGGGGACAAGCGGCCACACUUCACGAUGGAGCCACCGUCACGGUUGCUGUGGCCUGCUACCCGGGGAGCUUACGCGGCCUGUCGGGCUACGGGCCAUCCACCGCCUGACAUUCACUGGGUCACCUCUGAAGGACAACUUGUUACUACCAUACCUGGCUUGCGGCACGUCCUCUCAGACGGCAAGCUGGUGCUGGGCGCAAGAAGGUCACUCUUGGAUGCGAACAGUGGUGGUGGUGGAGCGAUCCUGAGGUGCAGGGCUUCUAAUCGCGCCGGCACCGUGCUAUCCAGGCCAGUGCUGCUGCAACCAGUGGAAGACAACGUGCUAUCCCACACGGCUCGGCAACUGACCCCCGCUAAAAUGGGGGGCUCGGUAGUGCUGCGGUGCGAGGUAUCACCUCAGGUUGGGUUGGUGGACGUAUCCUGGCUUCAAGAUGGACUCCCGUUGGCAUCGGGAUAUUUGGGAACAGAUUCACGUUGGAUAUCUGGAGCUGGGGGUUUAUUACUAGGAUCGGAUUUGACACAGGCGGAUAUCCAGGCUGAUUACUCUUGCGUGGCGCUAGACAUUCCAAGUCCGCCUUUGAAACUUACGACAGACGAUAGCAGUUGGCUUGAAAACAUAGAACUAAAUUCGAUCGAGUCUCGAUUCGGAGAUACUGUGAUAAUACCUUGUAUAAUGCGUCAUGUUACCAGUCACACUGUCAGUUGGCAGCGGCAGGAUGCCUCCGGGACUUGGGCAGCAGCCACGACAGAAGGAGUUGUCAGAGGAGGAUCAUUAAUCUUCCCAAAUGCUAGAGAACAUCACGCAGCGAGAUACGCCUGUUCUUCGGGUCCGGAGUCUUCACAGAGAGUUAUAGUACGGUUGGUUGUGUAUGAGCCACUGACUGUAACCGUCUCUCCUAACCCUUUGUGCAUGGUGGUCGAGGUGGAGGAGUCACACUUAGCUGGCAACACGAAGGUCGACCACUUCAUGCUCCUCAAUCACGCUUGUCCCUUGGGCCAGUCAGACCUCACCAUGGUGGACUAUACCAAUGCACAGCACAUGAUCAUACUGAAACAGCUGUUGCUGGAGCUGAAGCCCCCAAGAUUGGUUUCGACAUUCAGCGAAGCAGUAGCAAGGAUAGGACAAACCAUUGCUCUAAGAUGUGCAGCCACUGGUAUUCCUCCACCUAGGAUACUGUGGAGCUUGGAUGAUAGACCGUUGCCAGCAGCACCGGACAAGUACACAGUAAGUACAAGAGCAGAAGCCCUUCCUGGAGGAGAAGAAGGAGCGAUAGUUUCAACUCUUAGUGUAACUAUACGAACUGCCGAUGAAGGCGGCAGAUAUGGUUGUAAUGCGACCAACUCCAAAGGGUCACAAGCUCAUUAUUCAAGACUGAACGUUUUUGGUCCACCCAACAUAAGAUAUUUGCCAGCAAUACAUGUCAAGACUGAUACUGAUGUGACAUUGUAUUGCCCUUAUUCUGGAUACCCCAUAAAAGAAGUGGUUUGGCGUCGAGAAGACGGGACUUUAGUGGAAUCAAUAGAUUCUAACGAUGAAAAAGGAAUGCUAAGAUUAAGUUCUGUCAGAAGUUCUUUAGCUGGUAGUUAUACUUGCGAAGUAAGAGCAGAAAGUGGAGAGCUAGCCAGAAGAACGGUUCGCGUUGACGUCCACAAACCGCCAAAAGUAGCAUCAUUCCAUUUCCCCGAAGAACUUGAGGUUGGAGGUAGUACACAGGCAACAUGUAGCUUAGUGUCUGGAGACAAACCUAUACAAUUCACAUGGCAUAAAGACAACUUACCCAUUCCAUCUGUUUUGAAGGUUGAACAAAAAAAUAUGGACUUCUUUACGAUUUUAAUUAUCCAAGAUCUCACAUCAGCUCACAGCGGAGAAUACACUUGCAAAGCUACUAAUGAUUUUGGUACCGUCAGUCACAGUGCUUCGCUGGUCGUGAAAGAGGCACCAACGUGGAUGUGGCGUGCACAAAACACCUCAGUGUCAGCGGGGGCUUCGCUACUAUUGCCUUGUUCUGCUAAAGGACAACCAACACCUAGAAUUUCUUGGGAAUUUUCUUCAGAUGGAGAAAACUGGCGUCAUGUUCUAUGGGGCCAGACAGAACCAGUAGAUGCAAGUGGUGGUGCUGUAUUGACGGAUGGAACAGUUUGGUUGAGAGCCUCCACACCAGAACAUGAAGGAUGGUAUCGGUGUACUGCGCGCGUUCAGCAUUCGUUUCUUCAUCAUACCUUUUACCUUGAUAUUAGAGAACCACCAAAACUUAGCCGCGGAGGCAGUGGUGGUGAAACAAGAUGGGUUGUAAGAGGAUCUACCGCUCGACUCACUUGUUCAGUAAGAGGAGAGCCAGAAAUUCAUCUGCAUUGGACCCACGAUUCCAGACCUUUAGCUUUGCAUGGUACUGGAGGCGUAGAAACCAGAGACACGGGAAACGGAGGAAUUACGUCUGAGGUGACCAUAGCUCAUGCAGGCCCAGAGCAUGCUGGUGAAUACAAAUGUCUUGCCAGGAAUCUCUAUGGCACUGAUGAAUUGAUAUUUCGAUUGUUUGUCAAAGAACGUCCAAACAUCCCGGAUGAAGUUCGAGUAUCAGAAGUAUGGCCACGAAGAGCUCGUGUGACCUGGAGGAUAGCCAGAGGCGCAAUGGUCUCCCACUACUCUCUCCAAUAUAGGGCAUUGACCCGGGACCUCGCAAACGCUCCGCUCGACGCCCCGCUACCCGCUCUUCUAGACACAUGGGACACACCCGAAGUCCUCAACUUAACAUUGGCUAAUUCAGAUUUACUCCAUGUCGCGUCUGAAGGGCCCGGGCGUGCCGGAGCUACGGUGGCCGGAUUAUCGCCUGACACACGAUACGCACUCAGACUGGCUGCCUUUAACGAUGUAGGCGCCUCGCCGUACACAACACCCCUGCAUUUCACUACGAGAGAGGAAGCACCCGGUGGGGCACCAAGAGAUAUCACAGUCCGCGCAUUAAGAGCUCGAGAACUUCAUGUCACUUGGCUGCCACCACCUAGAGAAAGCUGGCACGGAACUCUAUUAGGAUACACUAUCCGCUGGUGGGAAGUUUCUGAAGAUGGCAAAGGAACAGUCGGAGAAGGGCCUGGGUCAGAAAGCGGAGCCAGUGCUGAUGCCACCAGCACUUCUAUCAGAGGCCUCAAAGCUGCCACUCGGUAUGGAGUCACAGUGAGAGCGUAUAACGCAGCUGGAACUGGUCCACUGUCGCCGCCACAUUAUAGGCACACCUUGGAAUCACCACCAACCGCGGGUCCUGAAGGCGUGGGCUGUAUUUCGAGCGGGUCUACUUCUCUGAGAGUGUCUUGGAGACCCCCUGCUAUGGACACGAGGGGUGGUCUCAUCACACACUACACCCUGCAGUACACUAGACGCGAUGCAGACCCACUGGUGCCAUCUCAAGACGCCUACUUGCGCGUGCAGGGCGAAGAAGCAACGGUGUCGAGAUUAACAUCGUACGCGGAAUACGAGAUUAGAGUGCGGGCGCACAACGCGGCCGGCGACGGGCCGUUGUCGGCCCCGCAGGUGUGCAGGACUGACGAAGACGUUCCGAGCGCUCCAGGUGGUAUGAAAUUGAUAGCGCUGAGCGAACGCGCCCUAAGGGCUUCAUGGCUGCCGCCGCCGGAGCCCAAUGGCAAAUUAACGCAUUACACACUUUACGUCAAGGAUUUAUCAGGGUCCCAAGAACCAAACGUGACUAGAGUGAACGCUUGUACUGAGAGUGAGGGGAACUCGGUGGAAUGUAUGAAGUCUUUGCGUGGACUUCGGCCGGGGAGGACGUAUGAGGCUUGGGUGAGGGCAUCCACCGCAGCUGGGGAGGGCCCGCCCUCUGCCGCCGUUGCUUGCCAAACUAGUGCCUUAGCCCCAGCGAGGAUAUCUUCGUUCGGUGGACUCUCAAUGGGGGCGGCUGGUACAUCACUAUCGCUGCGGUGUGUGGUCGGCGGCUCCCCCCCGCCAGCGAAGCGAUGGCUCAGAGGGGGGAGUCCACUACAUCCGCGCCCACCUUUUCACUUGGAUGGGGAUGCUUUGCUAAUACGAAAUUUAGAUUUAUCGCACGCCGAUAAUUACACGUGCGUGGCGGAGAAUCCCCAUGGGUCGGACUCGGUGACGUGGCGGGUUGUGGUGUUACGGCCACCGGCCCCUCCUACGCUGGCUUUGAUGGAAGCUCGACCAAGGGAAUUAGAAUUAGAGAUAAGACCAGCCCCAAGGGCGCCAGGGCAUGCUCUGCCAAAAGCGUUUGCUGUACACUGGAGACUUGCAACGCCAGAGGGUGAAUGGCGGAUCCAAGUCGCAAACCCUGGCCCUGUAACCCUAACGGGUCUCCGUUGUGGGUCCUCCUACAAGGCUUACGGCACAGCCGGUGGUCCACCAGGCCCCGAACUAGCUGUUCGUACCUCUGGAGGCCCUCCCACUGCCCCUCCAGAUUCCAGGUGGAUAAGAACAAAUGCCACCCAUGCAAGGUUCGACACCAGUGUAUGGAGUGACGGAGGAUGUGCCCCAGUCACUCUGAAAUUGGAGUGGGCUGGCUCAGGCGUAGCUGGUGCGAGGGACGUCCCCGUGGGCGGUGAAGUUAUUUUGGGAGGUCUAGCUCCCGGUUCAAGAUACCGCGUGGCAGCCAGAGCUACAAACGAAGCAGGUCUCACACGAGAGGUGUACGAGUUCACCACACUGCCUUCCGAAGGGGGCUUCGCUGAAGAAGUGGACGCCCCUUUCCCAGCAACCGCUGAGGAGCUGGCACUGCUGCUGGCAUUAUGUGCAGCGCUGUCCCUGGCUGCAUUGACAAUACUCGCCAUCUUGUUAAGGCGAAAGAGAAGCGACGGCGCUGCAGCCCGCGUGUCUACGAGCGCAGAGAAGCCGACAUGCGGCACGUAUCGCGCGUCACCACACCAGAUGCCCAAAUUGCCGCCAGACCCACCAGAUGUAUACGAGAUAAGUCCAUACGCGACGUUUGCGGGCGGCCCCGGCGCGGUGGCGGGCAGUGGGUCUCGCGCGUACACACUUCAACUGCGCGCGCUUGCCAGGCACGAUGACGACGCCGCACCGCCCGCGCUGCCUUGCUGUGACGAGGAGACGUGCGUAGACUCAUGCGAUGCACAGAGGCGACGGAGGCGUCGACGGCACUACUGCCCCGAUCAUGGUUGUUCACAAGACUCAGGGAGUUGAAAAUAAAACUGCCAAAUUGUUUAGAAGAAAUAUCUAGUCAGUGUAAUUAGCAAAUUCGGU